AUAUGUGGUUUACAUUUCUUUAUCCAUAAUACAAUCAUAGAGUAAUCUCUAAGCUCAAGUGCUCAACAUGUUACUCCUCAAUUGAUCUUUUUUUCAGCCUCCUCCUCCUCACCUCUCUUGCUCUAGAAAUUAUGAGUUUAGGAAGCUCAGUAAGGCUUUAUUUACUAUGCCUUCUCUGUGUUCUGAAUGACCAGGGAAUAUCGAUAACAGUGGCAGCGGCUAAGACUAAUAGCCAGGUUCAUAUUGUUUAUCUGGGAGAGAGGCAACAUGGCAAUGCCAAGUUGAUCAUGGAUUCUCAUCAUGAUCUGCUUGCCACCAUAGUUGGAAGUAAGAGUUUGGCCUCAAAAUUGAUGGUAUACAGUUACAGACAUGGUUUUUCUGGUUUUGCAGCCAAGCUUACAGAGACUCAAGCCCAAAAAUGUGCAGAGUUGCCUGAUGUUGUUCGAGUCAUACCAAAUACGCUACACAAGUCUGUGCAGACUAGUAGGAGUUGGGAUUUUCUUGGCCUCUCUCCUCACUCACCUUCAAGCAAUAUUAUUCACAGCAGCAACAUGGGUGAUGGAGUUAUCAUAGGUGUUCUUGACACAGGUGUAUGGCCAGAGUCUAAAUCUUUCAAUGAAGAAGGCCUAGGACCAGUUCCAUCCCACUGGAAGGGUGUUUGUAAAUCUGGGGAAAAGUUUAAUGCCAGAUUGCAUUGCAAUAGAAAAAUCAUCGGAGCACGUUGGUUCAACGAGGGAAUACUUGCUGAGUAUGGACAGCCAUUGAACACAUCGAAAAGAACUGAAUUCAUGUCCCCAAGAGAUGCACAUGGACACGGCACUCACACUGCUAGCACUGCAGCUGGUUCUUUUGUGACUAAUGUUAGUUACAAGGGCCUUGGUCAUGGUACAAUUAGAGGGGGUGCCCCAAAUGCUCGAUUGGCCAUUUACAAGGUUUGCUGGAAUGUGCUUGGAGGUGUAUGCUCAGCAGCUGAUAUUCUCAAAGCUUUUGAUGAAGCUAUCCAUGAUGGAGUUGAUGUAUUGUCACUCUCAAUCGGGGGUUCAAUUCCACUCUUUUCGGAUGUAGAUGACCGUGAUGGCAUUGCAACUGGCUCCUUUCAUGCUGUAGCCAGGGGCAUUACUGUUGUUUGUGCAGCUGCAAAUGAUGGACCUUUGGCGCAGACAGUUCAGAACACAUCACCAUGGAUCAUAACAGUCGCAGCAAGCACCAUGGAUCGAGCAUUUCCUACUUCCAUAACUUUAGGAAAUAACGAAACGUUCCUGGGUCAGGCUAUUUUUACAGGACAAGAGAUUGGCUUUACAAGCUUGAUAUAUCCGGAGUCUGAAGGGCUUGACCCUACAGCUACAGGUGUCUGUGAAUCCCUCUCACUUGACAAAACCAUGGUAUACGGAAAGGUGGUUCUAUGCUUCACUUCACUCGGUCGUAGGAUAGAUGUAAUAACAGCUUCAGAUGCUGUGAAACAAGCUGGCGGUGUUGGGCUAGUCAUAGUGUCACGGGCCUACUUACUACGCAGCGGAAUAUGACCCGUGCGGCGCCAAGGUUACUCUUAACCAAGGCCAGCCUAACUCUUCAUGCAUUCAUGAUGCCAACUUUCUUUUCUUACUUGUGCGCCUCCCGUGUCAUUCCGAUCUUUCUCUCUUACAUUCCUUGCUCGUGAGGUUCCACCAACGAAAGUUACUCACACAUGAGUCUCACAACUUGUGACUUACCGAUCACUUCCUCGUGUCAUGGUACACUCGCCCAAUAGAUAGGUUUCUAUGUCAUCCCGGCUAAUGCCAACCCCUUAAUAACAUGCGUGCACCUUGCACCUUGUAGCAAGCGGCAUGACAGUAGGUCGAGACCUUGAUGGUCCUCGCUUCCUUCUAUCUGACCGUCCCUUGGAAGCAUGCGCACGUUACUUGCCUCCUGAGCAUCCAUCCUCAUGCUCACUCGGCAUAUAGUCAUCCUUUGUCAACCCCUCACCCACGGGGUAUUCAUGUGGGCAACUCUGCUCUUGGGUGUUAACUUCUUGGGCGAGUCUCGCCUCCACGGCUCACCUCCCACAUAUCAUCUGACAUCAUAUCCGUCUUGCCAGCAUACUCUGAUUAGGCCACUUGCCCGCAUCUGCCCAUUAUAGGCUUCUUCCUUCUAGCACGGUGUCGCCCUUCUGUGCUUGCUGACAACUCUUUCGUUUGGGCAAGGUCGAACCCCUAACCUAUGCCCGCGUCGCUUUACUCCGUGGCUAUUGCGCACCACGAGGUUCCGACACAUCUUCCUUAAGCCCAUGCAUUCGCCCAUGCCGCUGGCAUAAGAAUCUCCCACAUACGAACCUCGCCACCCGCAUGGACCCGCAAUAUCGGCAUGCCGGCUAAUACUGUCCAUGAGACAUCCUGACUCAUGGAAACGCAUGCCGCCACUCUUUGGCGACAUCCGCCCGGCUCCUAGGUCCCCCAAGGUCCCCCAGGAGUGACUCACUUAAUGCCCCAUAAGGCCGGCACCGAGUGUGGUGGAGAGUCAGGCACCAGGUACCCCCCUAUAAAGCAUAUUGGAGAAAACUAUACUUGGCAGGAGGAAACAUCAAAUAUCCGAGGAGGGGCAACUUCCAUAAUUAAUUCAUACAAGCUCAUAAAAAUAUGCCGUCAAGUGUAUUGAACUUGUUUCGACAUCCCGGACAUUUUAUGUGUUCAGACUUUUCCCAAAUUCCAAGCUUAAGUACCUCGAACCUAGAAGUUCGUCUUAAUUAUGAAACUGCCACAUGAACAUGCCAUUGACAGCCAAUCCGCCUGCAAACAGCCCGCAUACUAGUCGCUCGACACCCUCUCUUCGGCAUAGCGCCUAGGAAGUGUCACAAUGUCACAACUAUUUGUGCAGCUCGUGACACCCUCCCACACUUACAAUGUCAAUGCCCUUUAUUGACAUACGCCUGCACUAACUUUGAGUGCAGCGCGUGACAUCCUCCCCCACUUAAUGUCAAUGCUCUUCCUUGACGUGCAACUCUUGUCCGCUUCUCGUUGUCUCUAUAGGCUUGCUUAAUAUCAUACUUCUUUCAAUUACUGUUGUCCCUCCAACCUUGGAAUCACAUCUCGUGAAGACCUUCUCGCGCCCACCUAUGAACUUGGCUAGUGCAUGCUUGUCACAACCUUCUCGCGCCCACUCAUGAACUUGGCAGCUGACACACCUUUGUCACAACCUUCUUGCGCUCAUAUGUGAACUUGGCAGCUGACACACCUUUGUGAACUUGGCAAAUGACAAUGUCUUCACUGCCUACUUGCGCUCAUAUGUGAACUUGGCCAAAGACAACCUUCAACAUUCACUCUUGCAUAAGUCAUCUAGAGUUUAUCAACCCUCGCCCGCCUUUCUCAUUGCUCAAUUGAUCAUGCCGACUUUCUUGAUAGCAUUCCCGGCUUUGUUUCUUAAGCUCUUCACUUGUCCACACUUGGGACUUGCCCCAUCAUCAAGGCAAGACAUCCGGCACACUCGCAGUUACCCUCUUGGAAGUCUGCCGCGCAGCUAUCGUGAGUCCUCAUUCUAUUCUUCACUUGUCCCACCUUGGGACUAACACUUUGUAGUGGCAUGACCACCCGACACUCUCGCGGUUCCCAUAUGUGGGCUAGUCUGCCUUGCUUAAUCACUCUAUCCUCUUGGCCUCUUGUCUGGUAGUGUUUGCUUCUCAUUCGCGACUUCUCUCGUAGCACUUGGGGUUCUCCCACACUUUCCUCUUGCUUCACUCUCUUAAAGCUCGAUACGGAUAGUGCCAGAAACUUUGUCUUCCCAAGCUUCACUCUCAAAUGAGCACCUGAUACUCCCACAACUUAGACAGAAGUGCGUCCCCCAUAAGACGUUGCACGAGCUCGUCCCCCAUAAGACAUAUCGCUCGCCCUCUGGCAUUCAGUGUGUUUUUCUCAAGUGCACACCUAGGUAAGGCCACCCACUGCGACAUUCAUCCAUCGCUCAUUCUAUUUGACAAUCGGCCCUACCCGCUUUCAUUGAAUUCACCUUUGCCAUCUUGGCUUUUCUCAAACUUGGCCACCGCGGCCUCUUGACAUUUAUUGACUCACACUCCUGAGUCCUCUAACUUUCCACACUCAUGGCCACCACGGCCUCCUGAUCUUGCUUGGCCCCUCUUGGCCUUUCAUCUCACUUGAUUGACCCAACUUGGUCGUAUAGGAGCUCACUAGAACCUUCAUCUACAAUUUCUUAUUUGCCCACCCUUGGCUUUAUCUCUGACAACUCAUGUUAACUCUCUGGCUUCAUGAACUCGACCAUCGAAGGAGUGAUGCUAAAAACUUCAUUGGAAAUGCGCUCUCUCUCGGAGGCUUACAAUCUCAAGGAUCCUGCAAGAAAUUGGCCUACUCUCGGUUGCUUACAGUCUUGAGGAUGAUAACAACUCACGACUCCCCUUGAGAAGUAGGCCUACUCUUGGCUGCUUACGAUCUCAAUGAGAAGGUCUGAUGGAUAUGCUCCUUCGACUCUUCCUUGGACAAUUCAUCUAGUCCCCCACAAGUGUCAACUCAUUCAUACAAGGCACUUGCCUUUUCCUUCCUUGUUCUAGCUUGCUCAUUUCUCAACCCAACACUUGGCCUGUUGUCGGCCAUUACAUAACUUCAUAGGCUUGCAUGGACAAUGCAACCGCACCCACAAUAGAGCCUGUCACAUCCGUCUUCAUCGCUGUUCAAUUAGUAUCUCUUUCAAUCAAGUAAUGUUCUGCCCUGGAAGGUCAUUCACCACGAAUCGACCAACCAGGCUCUCAUACCAACUGUCACGGGCCUACUUAUUAUGCAGCGGAAUAUGACUCGUGCGGCGCCAAGGUUACUCUUAACCAAGGCCAGCCUAACUCUUCAUGCAUUCAUGAUGCCAACUUUCUUUUCUUACUUGUGCGCCUCCCGUGUCAUUCCGAUCUUUCUCUCUUACAUUCCUUGCUAGUGAGGUUCCACCAACGAAAGCUACUCACACAUGAGUCUCACAACUUGUGACUUACCGAUCGCUUCCUCGUGUCAUGGUACUCCCAUGACACUCGCCCAAUCAAUAGGCUUCCAUGUCAUCCCGGCUAAUGCCAACCCCUUACUAACAUGCGUGCACCUUGCACCUUGUAGCAAGCGGCAUGACAGUAAGCCGAGACCUUGAUGGUCCCCGCUUCCUUCUAUCUGACCAUCCCUUGGAAGCAUGCGCACGUUACUUGCCUCCUUAGCAUCCAUCCUCAUGCUCACUCGGCAUAUAGUCAUCCUUUGUCAACCCCUCACCCACGGGGUAUUCAUGUGGGCAACUCUGCCCUUGGGUGUUAACUUCUUGGGCGAGGCUCGCCCCCACGGCUCACUUCCCACAUAUCAUCUGACAUCAUAUCCGUCUUCCUUCCUUCCUUCUUUCUAGCACGGUAUUGCCCUUCCGUGCUUGCUGACAACUCUUUCGUUUGAGCAAGGUCGAACCCCUAACCUAUGCCCGCGUCGCUUUACUCCGUGGCUAUUGCGAACCACGAGGUUCCGACACAUCUUCCUUAAGCCCACGCAUUCGCCCAUGCCGCUAGCAUAAAGAUCGCCCACGUAUGAACCUCGCCACCCGCAUGGACCCGCAAUAUCGGCAUGUCGGCCAAUACUGUCCAUGAGACAUCCUGACUCAUGGAAACGCAUGCCGCCACUCUUUGGCGACAUCCGCCCGGCUCCUAGGUUCCCCAAGGUCCCCCAGGAGUGACUCGCUUAGUGCCCCAUAAGGCCGGCACCGAGGGUGUUGGAGAGUCGGACACCAGGUACCCCCCUAUAGAGCAUAUUGGAGAAAACUAGACUUGACAGGACGAAACAUCAAAUAUCCGAGGAGGGGCAACUUCCAUAAUUAAUUCAUACAAGCUAAUAAGAAUAUGUCGUCAAGUGAAUUGAACUCUUUUCGACGUUCCAGACAUUUUCCGUAUUCAGACUUUUCCCAAAUUCCAAGCCUAAGUGACUCAAACCUAGAAGUUCGUCUUAAUUACGAAACUGCCACAUGGACAUGCCAUUGACAGCCAAUCCGCCUGCAAACAGCUCACAUGCUAGUCGCUCGACACCCUCUCUUCGGCAUAGCGAAUCUUAGCUGGAUACACUAUCUUCUUCCUUGGUACCCUGUUGCUAAUUAUUGUGAGUACUAUUACCUACACUACCCCUUUCUCCUGCCUCUACCAUGCCAAUGUUUGACCUCAGUUU